AUGUAUCUUUACGCGCCUCCAUUCGAAAGCAUCAAUCCAAACAUCUCAAAAAUUGACUACGCUAUUGAUUGGAAUUUGAGAGAAUCUCGUAAAGGAUAUUUCGCGAUGCCGUGCGGUAAAGACGGCGACACUCAGCGCUAUACGAAUUACAAAAAAGAGCCUCAAACGCGUUGCGUUGCGAAAGGAAAUGCCACUGCCAAGGUCUUGGUUCUUGGAAACUCUAUUGCUUAUAGAGCAUACCCAUUGAUUCACAACAUACUCAAAGGACGCUAUCGUAGCCUCAGGCUUUAUGCAAAAAGCGGAUGCCCAUCUUUAUCGAAUUGGUGUGCAGAUUUCACAAAGGCAACAAGGAAAGUUGUGCAACAUGAAAAGCCAGACAUUGUACUGCAUAUGCAUUUUAGCUUGUACGCUCCUUUUAACGCUCCUGUUAAAGAUCUUAGCAAAGAUCAAAUCCGCAAGGAAUUUCAAGAGAACCUUGACUUUAUCAGCAACUACACGAAACAUAUAGUCAUCGAUAUGCCAUACUAUGCACCUCAAUUCAACGUUGGAGGGAAGCUUGCAAGAAGACUGCAACUGGGUCUUUCGCCUGGUGAUGAGUUCAUAGCUACUUGGGAGCAACACAUCAAUCAAACACGAUACCAUCACCUACGGCUUAGUUCACUGAAUUGCAGCAAAUGCAUCACGAACAACAUAAACGAGGUCAGGAAAAGUUACUGGCUAAGACCCUUGCCACUGCUAUUCUCCAUUUCCGUCAUAUUUGCUAUUCACUUCACGCUAUUGUCAUACUAA